CUCCCGCUAUUUACCAUAGCAAUGGACAGAAGCAAACGGGAGAAGAUACUCACCUGCUUUCAGGCAUCUGCUCGUGGAUACUUGGCAAGAAACGAAGUCCGUCGUGCGCGAGGGGACUUUGAGGACAUCGUGAAAGAGAUUGAUGGAGGCGUGACUCAUUUGGAGUGGAAGGAGAAGGUCGUCCCUGUUCCCCACUUCACAGACACUGACGGCCCACUUCUACGUCCCAGCAGCUCUGCCGGCAAACCUUCAAAUGCACGACGAGAUGUCUGUACCAGCCCACAGAGCCCAUCAUCAUCAUCAUCAUCACCAUCAGCAGCAGCACCAUUAUCAGAGGAUACAGGAGAUCAUUGUGUCCUCCUGGAGAAGAUCGAAGCAGAGAGAGAUGAUUCACAAACCAAAAGACAGGCCUCCCUUUUUAAGCACGGUAUCCAGAGCAGCAGUGUUACAGUUACUGGAGUGUCGCAGAAAGAAAGCGCAGAGGUGAAGAAAGAUGGAGACUCCACCACUGCCUGGAGCAGUUUGGAGCGGGACAUGAACUAUGGUCACUCUCACAAAGCUCCCCGGCAGUUCUGCUUGGCUCAGGAGGUGCCCUGUACCCCGGAGGCCCUGCGUCUCCAUAGAAACACCUUGACCAUGGAGCUGGUCUGGCUACAACAGGCCAUUGACAGCAGGAAAAAGUACUUGUCACUGAAGGACAGGCUGAGCGUAUCCUGAUGGCAGAAGUCAUGUGAACUGGGACUGAAGGCCUCUUUGCUGUCUAAUGACUUAACUUUUAUCCAUAAACAAAGACACUGUAAAUAGAUUGCUUUCAUAUUCAUCAUGUGUUUGACCA